AUGAUGAAUAUUUUUAAAAAAAAGAAGUUUAUAUUAGACGAAAAUGAAGAGGAAAAUGAUUAUAACAAUGAAGACGUGAUAGGUGAUAAUAAUAAAAAAGAAGAAACAGAAGAAAAAGGUAAAAAAUCAGAAGACGAAUCGAUAAAGGAGUCAAAACAAGAUAUAUAUAAUAGCUUAAUACAAAAUAAAGAUAAAUUGAUCGACAAAGGUGAUAAGCCAGGUUUAGAAUUCUCCUCUUCCAAACCUUUGUCGGGAAACCCCGUUGAGGGGAAGAUCGAAUCAAACAAUGAAAAUAGGGUUGUGAGUAAUGAUCAAAACGGAAAGGAAAGCGAAAAUAAUAACGGUGAUAACGGUUCCAAAAUAAAAGUUAUAAAAAAAUUGAGAAAACUGAAAAAGAGUUUCAAUCCACAAAAUAGUGACGAAUCAGAUACCCAAAAGGAGACAGAAAAACCGAUAAAAGCAUUUAAGUUUAACAAAAAAAAUUUUAUUUUAAAAAAUACUGAUUCAAAAAAACAAACGCAUGAUAAUGAAAAUCAUACAAUUGAUGAGAAUCAUAAGCUGGAUGAAGUAGACACACAGAAAGAAAAAAAGAAAAUGAAAAAAGAUAAAAAAAAUAAUAAAAUAAAAAAAGGAAAAGAAGAAAGAAAGGGGAAAGGUGAAAACCCAGAGAAAGAAAUUGAAGAAGAAAUGAAAAAUGAAAUGGAAAGAGAAAGCGAGGAAAACGAUCUUUGGGAAAAUAACACACAAAGUGAAAAAGGGAAAACAAAUAGUAAUACAGCAAAUGAAAAUGAUGAUGAUUAUGAGGAAAAAAAGGAUAUAACAAAAAAAAAAAAAAAAAAAAAAAAUGAAGAUAAUGUCCCUAUAGACAAUGCAAUAAAUGAAACUACAAGAAAAAACAAUAAAAUAAAAAAUUCAAAACUAAUGGAAGAUGUAAAAACGAAUGAAGAUAAGAUAAGACUAAAAUCAAUUUAUAUAUCAUUUUUAAAAAAGGAAUAUAAUAUCGAAGAAUAUAUUUUUGAAAGUUUAAAAGUUAUAAUUCCUUUAAAUAAAAAGGACACAUUUCUAACUGAAAAUAACAUUAUUUUGGAUAAUAUGGAUAAAAAUGAUGUAAAAAAAAUGGAGCUUUUAUGGUUUGACAAAUUAACUAAAAACAAAAGAAGCAUAAUAAACUGUUUCAUUACACUAAGCAAGUUAGGUUCAUCCUAUAAAAACAUAGAUGGGGAAGCUGGAAUAAAUGUUAAGACAGACAGACUAAAAAAAGACGAAGAAAAAGAAGAAAAAAAAGAAGCAGAUAACCCAAAUGAAAACGAACCUUCCCAAGAUUCUGAAGAACAAAUUUCUUCAGACCUUAGUAGCAUAUUCUGCAAAAAGAAAGAUUUAAUAAUAAUAGAUAAUUUAGUGAAUUUGUGUAACCAGCAAAUUAAAGCAGUAAAGGAAUAUGUGUAUUAUUUAAAAAAAAAUAUAUAUGAUAUAUCGACUGUAGAGGAUAAUAAUGAGAAGAUAAAAGAAAUGAAUAUAUUAGAACCAAUAAAAAGAAGGGAGGUGUUUUUUUAUUUAAAUUUAUGCAUAUCUAUGAGAUAUGUACAAGAAGAUAUGCCAUGUGUUUAUAUUAUUCCCAAAUCAAUAAAUCCAGAUAUCAGAGGAUUUACUUUACAUCCUAUGUUUUACCAUAUUAAUAAAAAAUUAAACGAACAAGAUCCAAAGAAAAAGGUGGAUAUGCUAGUAGACAAUCCAUGGGGGAAAUUAAAAUUACUAAAAAUUGGAAAACGAAAUGUUAAACCAAAUAAUAGAAGUGGGGGGGGUAAUAAUAACAUUAACAGCUAUAGUAGUGUUAACGGGAAUGAAACAGAACAAAAAUCCUUGAAAAAAAAUGAAAGCAAUGACGAAGAUAAAUUUAUAGAUAAUCUUGAAAUAUCUGUUGCUGAAAAAAGAGAACUAGAAGAAGCAGAAAGAAAAAAAAAAGCUAUAGAAGAAAUGAAGAAAAAAAAAAGAGAAAAAGAUCACAAAAAAACAUUUAAUGUAUAUUCAUUAUUAGAAUCAGCUGCUCAAUACUUUGGAGAAGGACCAAAAUAUUCUAAUCCUAACAUUCAUAAAUUUCACAAAUCAAAUAAUAACGAUUUAGUAUAUAUAAAACCACCAACUAAUAUUGAUGAAAAAAAUAUCUUAAUAAAUUAUUUUCUACAAUUUCCAAGUAUAAAUAAAAAAUUACAAUAUAGUAAAAGAAGGGUAUAUGCAGAAAAUUAUGGACUUCUCAAAAUUAUUAAAAAUAAUGAUAAUCAUCCAAUCAAUUUUGAAUUAAAUGUCCAACCAUGGUUACUGGAUCAAUACAAAGACAUGUGGAAUAUUCAAAAUGAGCUCAACAAAUUUCAAAUCUGGAAUAUGUCGAAUUUAGUAACUGAGCAACGAAAGUUUGAGGACACCACAUUUUAUUUUACAAAGGAGGAAUUUAUCAAUCAACCUGACAGCAGCAAAAGUGUUUGUCUAGUAGGAAAGGCAGAAACAGAUUUCGAAAAAAGGGUAGCCAAAAUAAACGGCAUUAAAGGGGCUGAAGAAAAGGUAUCCAAAAUAAAUGGCAUUAAAGCGGCUGAAGAAAAGAUAGCCAAAACAAAUGACGUUAAAGGGGAUGAAAAAAGAGAAAUAAUCACUUCAAAUGCGACAAGGGAGAGUUCUGUGGGAGGAUUCGAUUUAAAGCAUGGCACGAGCAAGGACUACGAAGAAAUGAAAAAAAACGAACAACAGUUAACCAAAAAAAUAAAAAAAAUAUCCUCCAAUGAAGACAUCAAACAAAUGAAAUUAACAAAUUUUUUAAGUAAAAAUAAAAUAAAUACUCAAAAUGUAAAAGUGGAAAAUAAAGCAGAAGAAAAAAUAAUUGAGGAAAACAACAAGCAAGACAAAGCGGAAAUUAACAGUGAAAGUGACGAUAUAAAAUAUUUACAAAUAAACACAAAAAAAAAAAAAAAAAUACUUGACGAUGAGCAAAUUGUGGAACAAACUAAUGAAAAUCCAAAUGAGCAUAGAAGUGAAGCAAAGAAAGAUAACAUUAAUGAAAAAAAUCACACAAAUGAAAAUUCUGAUAAAAACAAAUAUAAUCAAAAAAACGAAACUGAAAAUAAUCAAUCUUAUUAUAUAAACAAGAAUAAAGAUUCUUUUAAAACCAAAACAAAUUAUCAAAAAGAUGACGAAAAAGACUUAGAUGCAGAAAUCCCUAAAACAAAGAAGAAAAAAAAAUUAAAUGAAUUUGAUGAAACUCAGGAUGAAGCUAACAAUAUUGAAGAUAUUGUUGAAAGACAGAGAUAUUUGGAUGAAAAAAAAAAGAUGAAGCUUGACAGAAUGAAGAACAUGUUUGAAAUGGAAGCAGAAGAAAGUGAAGACGAAAAUAUAGAAGAUCCAGAAGAGAGAAGACGAGCACAGGCUCUAAAGAAGGAGCAAUAUGACGAAGAUGAGUUUGAGGAUGAUGAUCAGUACAACAAUGAAGGCCUUAACGAAUUCAUAAAUAAUGAAGAAUGCAAUAGCGAUAAUAAUGUUAUAAAACUAAAAUAUCACGAAGAAAUGGAAAAAUUAGAAGAAGAUAUAUUUUUGAAAAAAUUUACAUAUCAAGGAAAAGAAUUUAAUAAAGAAUUAACAAAUAGAGAAAAAUUAGAACUAGAAAGAGAAAAACAAUUAUUAAAAAAAAAAAAACUUCUAAUAAAUUGUAGUUUAGGUGAUGUCAAAUUUAGUGAUUUUGAAUCUGAUAGUUCAGCUAGCAGUAGUAAAAGUUUCAAAAAAAAAAUUAAAAAUUCUUUGUAUGAACCAUUCAGAGAUAAUGAUGACAUUUUAAAAGCAAAUAAUAAUUAUAUGCAAAAUUCCUAUAAUAGAAGUGAAUUCCCAAAGGAAUAUGACAUUGCAGAUGAAGCCAAAAGGAAGCAAAUUCUUGAAAAAAUUGAUAACGUGAUAUACAGAAAAGAAUUAAAUACUGAUGAAGGGGAAAAAAUAAUAAUUAAAAAAAAACGAAAGAUAAGAUUUCACCAAGAAUUAUCAGACAUAACAGUGACCGAAGAAGAGGAAAAUGAGGAGUAUAAAAAAGCGAAAAAAAAAAGCAAAAAAAUAAAUGCUAAUUUAGUUGAAAAUCCAACUAUUACACACAUUUCAAAUAAAAAUAUUAAUAAUAAUAAUAAAGCUUCCAUAAAAUGGAACACUAAUGUAAAAGACGUUAGCGAAUUGAAUACACCAACCAAUGGUGAAGUUUUUAAUGGAUUUAGAAAGGUGCAGAAUAUUCAGUGA